AUGGACACCAAACCCGAGGCAGCGUGUGUGGUGCAGCCAGCUCCCUGCCCAGGGAUGAAGUGCUCUCCUUCAGAGGACUUUCCUCCUCAGAUGAGGCUGUCUGAAAAGAUACCACCAGUGAAGCCUUGCUUCAAGAAGAAGCAGCAAGCUCAGAAGAGACUGAAUACAGAAACCCUCCGGGCUUUGAGGCCAAUCUUUACCAGCUUGCUGGGAGCUGGGACCUUGGAGAGGGUCUUUGUGCCCCGAGGCCAAGGUGGUGGCCACAAUGAUUUAUGUGAACCUGCUGUGAAAAAGACCCUGGACCUCAGUGCUUCUUGUCCCCAACCAGAGAAUAAUGUGUCUGUGCUGAUGCCAACAGCUCCAGAUGUGCAGGGUCAAGUGCCAGUAGCUCGUCCUUCUCCUGGGCAUCCUGAGCAGGACAUCCAGUCAGGAGAGCAAGGCUUCUCCCCAGAAACUCCUGGAACUGCUGCUGAUAAUGGUAAUGAAUCAUUCCAGGAUCAUACUUUGCACCCGACUGCUAGUGAUGGUGCAGCUUGUCCUUUGUUCCCUGACAAGAUUCUGGAAGGCUACACAUCUGGUUUAUUCCAGGAGAACAACUGUCCAGUGCAAUACAAUUUGAACUCAAGCAAUACAUUCAGUGCUGGGAUAUUCCAGGGUAAAAGUGAAGAAGCUUCUCUUGACCUGGUGUUUGAGCUGUUGAACCAGCUGCAGUAUCACACCCACCAGGAGGAUGGGAUAGAGAUCUGUGUGGAUUUCCUCCAGGGCAUAUGUGUUUAUGGCAGUGAUUGUCCCAAGCACCACACAGUGUUGCCAUACCACUGGCAGGUGAGGAGAACAGCAACCCAGAGUUGGCAGAGUGUGACCAAUGAUGCCCAAGAGCACCUGGAGAGACUCUACUGCAACCCUGACAAUGACAGGAUCAAGCUCAAGUAUCGGGGCCAGGAGCUCUGGGUGGAUCUGAACGCUAUGAAACUGUGCGAAACUGCUGAGUUUGACCAAAUGCGACGUCUGUCCACACCCUCCUGCCCCAGCUCCAGCUCCAGCUCCUACACCGUCUGGAAGUACUUCUGCAGGGACCACUUUGGCUGGAGAGAGUAUUCUGAGCCAGUUGUGAGGCUGAUUGAGGAGGCCAGCUGCAGGGGGAUGAAGGAGGUCAGGUUUGUCACCUGGCACAACCAGUACAUCCUCAACAUCAAGGAUGGCUUCCAGCAGAACUCCUGCUUCAGGAGGGAGAUCAAGAGGAGACCUCUCCUGCGCUCCUGUGUCGUGCUGAUGCCCUUCUUACAGACCCUGGGUGGCAGCUCCCCCGUGCCCUCCCCUUGCUCUGCCGCUGCCUCUGCACACACCUUGUCUCCAGCUGCUCUCACUUCCCCUAACCUCUAUCCUGAAACCUGGAUUUGUAUGGAUCCAUCUCAGGACUUCAUCCAAGUGCCUGUUCUGAAGGAAGACAAAAGCUACAGAACCAUUUAUAACCUGUUCCACAAGACUGUGCCAGAAACCAAGUACAGGAUCCUGAAGAUCCUGCGGGUGCAGAACCAGUUUCUUUGGGAGAAAUACAAAAGGAAAAAGGAAUACAUGUCGAAAAAGAUGUCAGGGCUGGCCAGGCUGAUGAACGAGCGGCACCUGUUCCACGGCACGUCGCAGGAUGUGGUGGAUGGGAUCUGCAAGCACAACUUUGACCCGCGCGUGUGCGGCAAACACGCCACCAUGUUCGGCCAGGGCAGCUACUUCGCCAGGAAGGCCAGUUACUCCCACAACUUCUCCAAACGCUCCCCCAAGGGCCUUCACUUCAUGUUCCUGGCCAAGGUGCUGACAGGGAGGUACACAGUGGGCAACCACACCAUGAGGAGGCCUCCUCCCGUGGACCCCAGCAGCAUCACCAGUGACCUCUACGACUCCUGCGUGGACAAUUACUUCGAGCCUCAGAUUUUUGUCAUCUUUAAUGAUGAUCAGAGCUACCCUUAUUUUAUUAUCCAGUAUGAAGAGGUCAGCAGCACUGUUUCCAUCUGA